AUGGAUACAUUGAAGAAGAUCACCAAGAUAUGGCAUGACCUGGACAUUAUCAUUGAGAAGAUAUGUAUUUGGGUAUCCAAUGUUCUGGACGUGUUGGGAAACUUCAAGUACGUGCUUAUUGGAGCUCUUAUGUAUGAAAAAUCAUCGAGUGUGAUAGCUAGCGAUGGAUGUAGGUUUUUCUCAAUCAUGAUGAUGAUUGUUGGCUUUAUGGAUGGGUUCCACAAGAUAUCCACAUGCAACAUAGUAAGAAAGAUAAGUAAGACAACGACAAACAAGUAUUUGCAGAAAGUUAUAGACUGGUUUGACAGAAUCCAUUGCAUGUUUAUUGAUAUAAGGCUGAAUAUGGUUCUGGACUACGUAUGCAACAUACUGUGCGCGUUAGGCAUUGGUAUACUUGUAUAUUCUAUGAUAUCUGACUUCAAUAAGGAUCGCGCCAGUUAUGGAGAGUUUGAUGCAAAUAAAUGUAUCACCAAUAUGUUUAAACCAUUUGGAGGAUGGAUAUCUAUGUGGAAUGUAGGAACCAAUUUAUAUCAAGCAGUUAUGUUUUUUAUUGGACUUUAUAAGAAGUUCAGUGACAAAACCAUCAAGUACUCUAAUACAUCUGGAGUGAUAUUGCUUACAACAACAGCGAAUGGUACGACUGAAGAUAAUGGAGAGGAUGUGUAUGAAGGUAAUGGACAAGUCCGAGACACGCUGUUUAGGUUUGCAUUGGCGGGGUUGAUUAUAUCUAUGAUAACCUUUUUAUUCAAUUUGAUUUGGCAAGGAACAACUUCAUUUUCUGGAUGGAAGUUUAGCACGUUUAUUAUUGGAAAAGUUAUAUUGAUAUUGCAUUAUGUGAUGCCAUCAUUGCGAUUUUCAGCGGGAAAUAAUACAGUGUUUCUGUCAGUGAUAUUUAUAUCUUUGCUGACGGUAUACUCUAUGUUUGGAUCUAUAGUAGCAACGUUAUUGCAAUAUGGAACCAUGGGAAAAACGGGUUUUCAAAGCAAUGGAGGUGAAAAAACAGAUGAAGACAUCACGAAGAAUAUAUUAGCCCAAUUGGGAUAA